AGAGAGAGAGAGAGAUUAUGGGAUAAGAUAUUAAGAUGAGGUACCAUUCGUUCUUAAGAAGUCCAAAGAAGGAGGAACAGCAGGUCCCGGAUAGUGCAAAUUCUUCUGAGGAAUUCUCUGACACUACCAAAGAUGGUUAUGUCAAUGGUAAGGUUGAUAUCAUGGAUGACUUGGAGCGAAUUUGGGGGAUUGAUGAAGAUGGAGACGAAGAGGACGAUGAGAAGCCACAGAAGAAUCACAACAUGUUUGCUGGUCAGGAACUUAACUGGGAUUUCAUGGAUUGGGAUGAGUUUCCUAAUGGUGAGGAAGGGGAUGGAGAGGUAGAGAAUGAAGUGUUUGGUGAUUCAGAGAGGUGCUUUUUCGAAGAGGAAAGCUACUGUAAGAAGGUUGUGAAGAAAGAGAGCAGUACUGUUGGGUUUUGGAAUGAUGAUGAGGAUAUGAAGAAGGUGCAAUUGAAUUUGAACUUGAAUUAUCAAGAAGUAUUGGAUGCUUGGUCUGAUCGUGGCUCUCUUUGGGCUGAGGAUUGUUCAUCGCAUUCUUCCAUGGCUGCUAGCAAUGGCAAUUAUAUGGGAGAGGUUCCAGUAAUGGAAGAAGAGAAAAGUAUAAGAAGGGAGGCAAGUGUUCUGAGGUACAGAGAGAAACGCCAGUCUAGACUCUUCUCCAAGAAGAUAAGGUACCAAGUCCGCAAGCUCAAUGCAGAUAAAAGACCUAGACUCAAGGGUCGAUUUGUGAAGAGAGUUUCGUGAUACAUCCAUGAAAUAUCUCAGCAAAAUAUCUCAUCCAACCCGUCGACUUUUCCUUUCCAGAAAAUAUCUUCCUCCUAACUACGUGGAAAUACGAACCAAUGAUGAAACAUAUCUCUAUUUAUUUUUCUGGAA